CCGCCGCCUCCCUUCGCCUCGCGUCAUCGCGUGCAACAACUUGAGUGCCAUACCGCCGCCACCUGCGGCCUUCGUCGAUCUCUUCGCCGGCGACGAGCACCCACCAGGGCCGUGUUGUGAUCCUGGUUUUCACAUCUGUUGUCAUGGCGUCGGAUCCGUUGGCUGGCAUCAAUGAUCACGACGCUGACAACAAAGCUGGGAAUGCAGUUGUUAAAUCCGAACCUGUGGAUGUGGAACAUGGCGAGGAUGGAGUGACGAUUCAGCCUGCGGUGCCUGCUGCCUGUGGUGAUCCAGUGCUGGCAUCUGUUUCUAUUGGAGAUGAGUGUGCUGAUGAUGUUCAGUCUGCUCAAGAUGAGCAUGGGGAUAGCACGGAGUGCUCGAGCUCAUUUGGUGAUUCUGGCUUUGGAUCUGAUGACGAAACUGAAUCAGACACUGGCGUGGAUUCGCCAUUUUUUUCACAUGUCAAUGUGGGUGAUACGACCGCCAUGCCACAUGUAAUCAGAAAACAAAAGGUCUCAGCUGAUUGGACAAAGUUUAUUGGCCCCGAAAGGUGGCGAUGUCAUUGGUUGGAGCUGCGUAUUAAAGAUCUCUUGUCACAAGUAGCAAAGUAUGACAAGGAACUUGCUUUAAUAAAUCAUGAAAAGAAUCUACAGUUGGAGAUGAUUAAAGCAGAUAGCCACAAAUCAGAACAAUCAAAAUUAGAUCUUUCAAGCAAUGAAAGAAAUACUAUAAAUAGGAGGAAAAGGAAAAGAUACGAAGACUAUACGGACACCUUGUUGUACAUCAAGAAGCAUCAUAUAUUUUCUUAUUAUAACCAUGAAAACAGAAAGGUUAAAACAGGAAAUGAAAUGAGUGGAGCUGAUAAUGAGCUUUUGGUUAUUGAUGACCUUAAUAACUUGGAUUCUGAAGACACCAAAAGCAAUUUUGGCAUGAAUGAUACAUUGCUAGAUUCAAACAGAAAUGAUACUCUCUUAGAGCAACAUUCUUUAAGAGAAAUUCUUUUGGCAAUUGAAUGUUUCCAGUCUCGUAUCAUUAAUCUUAAGAGUCAUCUCAGAGAAGCUUAUAACAAAACAGACCAUACUCAAAAGUCUCGAAAAAAGAAGGAUUUGAAUGGUUUUCAUAAAAUGGAGAAUGUAGGUAGACCAUUUGGUGAAGACGGAGAUGAAAUUACAGCUGAGAUGCUAUUUGGCGUAAAUAAUUCUCUAAUUAAUCCUCAUAUAGAAAGGAUAUGCAAAGAAAGUAUUGAUGAUGUACUUAUAGAUAAUAAGGCGGCUAUUGAUGAAGUUUGGCAGUUUGAGAGGGUCAAGAGGAUGGAUAAAACCUGUUCAGCGCCAAUUAAAUAUGUUGCUGAAGCCCCAGCCCAAGAUGUAAAGCUUGUAAACAAGAGAGAGCCAAAAUUAAAUAAACCAAAUAAGAAACAUGGAUGCUCUUGGUCUAUAGAGGAUCAAAUCAAAAGGGCAAUGAAGAAAAAUAAAGAGGCAGUUGUGAGCUAUCCGAACAAUGCAAAUAAUAUGUUUGUAGCUGUGGACACACGAAAGAGUCAGAGAGUACGAAAACCCAAAAUUUACUUAAGCAAAUGAGUUUUGUGGCUGGUGGAACCCCAAAUUUGUUAUUCUUAUUGAGUUGUGGAUUUUUUUCCCAAGUUUUGUAUCUACAGUGAGCCUAUUACUAUGUACUCUGCUGAAUGGAAAAUUAGUGGCAAACUCUCAUUAUAUUUCUUGGGAAUAACAUUUCUAUGAGGACCCAAUAUUUGAUUAACUUA